GGCGUCAGACGUACACGGGCUGUAAACGGUAGAGCGACGGAAGAGGGUUAAGAAGGCUCUGGUGUAUAUGUAUAUAUUUUCCCCCCGUCUCCAAUGUAAAGUAAAUCCGUUUUCAUCCUUUUUUAAACGCUUCGUUUUUAACAAGAAAACACCCGGAGCAUAAAUUCGACAUUUUACACUUCGUGUCGAGCCCGAUAUUGUGAUGGUGCGACGUUCGGAAUGUUAGAAAACAAAUGGUGAAAAAACUGGGAUAAUUAUUGAAGGGGAAUUAGCUUAGCUUUAGCUUUAGCGUUAGCUUUGGUGUAGCUUAGCACAGCUGUGGAGCCUGGAGAGGCUUGAGCACGAAAGAGAGAGAGAGAAUAUAGACUUCGCGAAUUAUUAUUAUUUUUAAAUAGUUUUACGGAAACAAUUACAUACACUUACCUUUCUUUAUUUUUUGUUAGAGCUAGCUAUUUUGCUAGCUUUGUAAUUUAGUUGUUAAUUUUCCUUUUACGAUGGAAUUGAGAGUCGGGAACAGAUACAGGCUCGGGAGGAAAAUCGGCUCGGGAUCCUUUGGAGACAUUUACUUGGGCACAGACAUCUCGGUCGGAGAGGAAGUCGCCAUCAAGCUGGAAUGCGUGAAGACGAAACAUCCUCAGCUGCACAUCGAGAGCAAAAUCUACAAGAUGAUGCAAGGAGGAGUGGGGAUCCCGACGAUUAAAUGGUGCGGAGCGGAAGGUGAUUACAACGUGAUGGUGAUGGAGCUCCUCGGCCCCAGUCUGGAGGAUCUGUUCAACUUCUGCUCUCGCAAAUUCAGCCUCAAGACUGUUCUACUGCUGGCUGACCAGAUGAUCAGCCGUAUCGAGUACAUCCACUCAAAGAACUUCAUCCACAGAGACGUGAAGCCCGAUAACUUCCUAAUGGGCCUGGGGAAGAAAGGCAACCUCGUUUACAUCAUCGACUUUGGCCUGGCCAAGAAGUACAGAGACGCUCGGACACACCAGCACAUACCUUACAGAGAGAACAAGAACCUGACCGGCACGGCCCGCUACGCCUCAAUCAACACACAUCUGGGCAUAGAGCAGAGCAGAAGAGACGAUCUGGAGUCACUCGGCUACGUGCUCAUGUACUUCAACCUUGGCUCUCUGCCCUGGCAAGGACUGAAGGCUGCGACCAAGAGGCAGAAAUACGAGCGGAUCAGCGAGAAGAAGAUGUCCACGCCCAUCGAAGUGCUGUGCAAAGGAUACCCGUCCGAGUUCGCCACGUACCUCAACUUCUGCCGCUCCUUACGCUUCGACGACAAGCCCGACUACUCCUACCUGCGACAGCUCUUCAGGAACCUCUUCCACAGACAGGGAUUCUCCUACGACUACGUGUUCGACUGGAACAUGCUGAAGUUUGGUGCGAACAGGGCAGCGGAGGAUGCUGAGAGGGAGAGGAGGGAUCGGGAGGAGCGUUUGAGACACGGCAGGAAUCCGGCAGCCAGAGGAAUACCGUCGGCCUCCAGCAGACCCAGAGGAACGCAGGACGUCGCACCGCCCACUCCACUCACACCCACCUCACACACAGGAAUGGAGCGUGAGAGGAAGGUCAGCAUGCGAUUACACCGCGGCGCCCCGGUGAACAUCUCCUCCUCUGACCUGACCGGCCGACAGGACACCUCACGAAUGUCCACGUCACAGAAUAGCAUUCCCUUCGAUCUCCACGGCAAGUAGAGAGGCAGCAGCCGGGCUCUGUCCCGCGUCACUCCAAGCGGCCUGCAGUCUGCUGUUCCUCGAUGAGCGUCUGCGCAGCCGCCCUGAGCAAAUCAAAGACACACACAGACUCGACUCGACUUUUCUUUUAUUUUCCUCAACACACUAACACAAACUGUCACUGAGGGAGACGGAGACACUCGCACUCACACUCACGCAGCCACACUGGAAAUCAAAUCAAACAGCUGAGGCACGUCGUCUCCACGUGCUUCUUCACUCUGAUCUACAAAGACCUCUGAAGGGGGCGGGGCUUUACGGGGGGGGGGGGGGGUAAUGACGGUUCUCUGCCUUUGCAGUGGGCGAAGCCAUCACGAUCAGCGCAAAAAAAAAAAUCCUCUACUCUGUCUCAGACGGAGCUGUACUUACUGAUAGCCAUCGAUCUUGUGUUUCUCUGAACUGAUGAUUUUUUUUUCUUUAUGAUUUUAAUUUUUUAAUCCUUUUUUUCCCUCUCUCUCUCUAUCUAUUGUUUAUUAACGAAGAUUAAACUCAGUUUUCACCAGCUGCAGGUGUGCUGAUUCAUGGGAGUUAACGUUUUAAAUAAAAUUUAAAAAUCCAGGUGGAGGAAAGCGGAGAGUAGAAAACAGGAUCGUGUUCAUUUUUUUUCUUCCGUUUGAUAACGAAUAUUGUUGUACAUUUUUUUGGGGGGGGUCUGGAAAUCUCAGCCGAAUCGAAAGGUGUUGAUUUACUUUUUUUUUUUUUUUUUGAGACUUUAGAUCAGAUCUGUCGUGUGGAAAUAACCAGCGUUUUGACGUUGCGGUUUGUUAUUUGUUGUGAGGCGUGAAUACAAUGCAGUUGCACCGCAGUUCUUUCACGUUUUUAAGCGUUCACAUCAUUUUUCUUUUUUUUUUUCUUUCCCCUCUUGCAUUCCCAGAAGCUGUGAAGUUCACGUUGCCGUAGUCCGGUCUCUCUCUCUCUCGAUCACAUGGCUGUGUGAGGUUUGGGAUUCAUGUUGUGUGUGUUUGUGUGAAAGGAUUGUAGCAUGUUGAUUUGGGGUUCAUGGGACAGUUUAAGUCCAGGGAUUGAAUAAUGACGAAGUCAUCCGUGCCCUUUAAGCGGCUGGAUUUUGGGCGGGGCUCGGCGUUGUAGAAAGGAAAGCGGCAGGCUCUUCACUGUAGUUGAGUGUUUAGGCGUUUCUCUGUAGUCGGGAUGGGGGCGUGUGUGUGUAGUGCGGAGAGAACUUUCAUUCUGUCGUCAUGUAUAUAGGACGUGUAGUUGAUCACGAGGUACCUUUUUUCCCCCCGUAGCCUCUUGUUUGUCUCUGUGUGUAUGUGUGUAGUGUGUGGGGCAGACUGUAGUGUUUAGAAGGAUGAUAAAAGUUGCUUCUUUUUUUUCUUCACUAAUAUUUACACAAGUGGCUCCUGUGCCGGUGCGAGCGAGAGCAUAUUUUGGGAGCGAGAGAUUCUGGGUUUUCCUCUUUUUCUUUCUUUUUUUUUUUGUUUCUCCUCCUUUUGACUGAUUUCAUCAUCACCCAAUCACCACACUGUGCUGUAUCUGAUGGAAUGAUGGGAAUCUUCCUGAUUGGGAAGGUUUUAUUUUCCUCCUCAUUUGUAUUGCCACUGUAUUUGUGUAUUUUAAAUUGUGUAAAUAAAUUAAUAAGUACUUGUA